AUGCCUGGUGUUCCAAAGGAUGCUCUUGACAACUUGAAGAGCAAGCUCAAGAAGAUCUUCAGCAAGAGCAAGAAGGACAAGAAGGCUAAGGCCACUGACAAGGCUGCCGACAAGCCCGCUGAAGCCGGUGCCGCUGCUGCUGCUCCCGCUGCCGCCGCCGAGGGUGCUGCCCCGGCCGCUGCUGAGGCCCCUAAGGCAGACGAGCCCGCUGCGGCGCCCACUGACCCCGCGCAGGCUGUCGCCGCCGCGCCUACUGAGGCUGCCCCUGCUGAGGCCGCGAAGACCGAGGCUCCUGCGGCUGCUCCCGCUGCCGCCCCCGCUGCUGAGGCUGCCCCUGCUGCCGAAGCUAAGCCUGCCGCUUAA